ACGUCACACUAACUAUGUCGAAAAUCUAUUUUUUUAGUUGACGAUAUAAAUGGUAUGGAUGUUUUCAAUUUCCGUGAGGCAGAUGCAGAAAGCGAAAGAGAGAACGAAGAAGAAUUAAUUGAAGGUAGGUAUCUAUACAUAUUCUUUAAUCUUCUAAAAUUUUAUGGAUUGAAAAAACCUAAGUUCUAAUAUCCGAUUCAGGUGUUAUAAUUCCUAUGACGAACAAAACGAAAAGUGGACUCAGGAUUUACGACAGAGUACAUGCUUGUUACUUUUGCGGGACACUUACCUCAAAAUUGUCACGACAUCUUUUUCGCCACCACUUUUUUCAUAACACAAAGGUCUUGAAAGCAGGACAUGGUAGUAUGAUUAUCUACCGACAGUCAAAAGGAUUACACAAGCCCGACGACUAUAUACCAUGCGAAUUUUGUCUGGGUUUCAUUUACGCUGGUGACAUAAACAGACAUUGUAAAAGAUGCGUGCAUCGAAAAAUUGAAGGAGAUGAGCACCACAUUAACAUUCAAAAUCAGUGUGAACUGCUUCUGUACCCCCCAAAAAAACCGGUUGGUGGUUCAAUAGAACUGCAAGAAUCUGUUGUCCAACCAAUGAAUAACGACAACGAACUUAUUAAGAGCGACGAACUAAUCCUUACAUAUGGAUCGUUUAUUGUCAGUGGAAAAGGGGUUAAAGAAUCGUCCAACAUUUCACAGAAAAUGAGAAUAUUGGCCAGGUUGGUUUUGGAAAUAAGAAGAAAUGCAAGCAUGAAAGAUUUCUCAUUGCUGGACUGUUUAACUCCAGCUUUCUUUGAUGAUGUUGUUGAGGCCACCAAACGUCUUGCUGGGUUUACAAACACCAAUAAUGACGGUGAAAAAGUGCCCGCAUUUAAUAAGCCAUCAUUAGCAUUAAAACUCGGUUACGCUCUCGAGAACUGUGCCAUGUUGUUGCAAGGGCUUGGUCUAAGAAAAGGUGAUGACACAAUUGUUGUUAAGGCGCAGAAAUUUCAGAAAAUCUUUCAAAGUGAAUGGUCUGUGAGGAUUUCUUCUGCUUCCUUGCGUUCCUUGGCUGAUAAUAGAUUCAACAAAGAUGAUAUCCUGCCAUUAACAUCAGACUUGCUUCUCUUGAAAUCGUACUGCGAUAAAAGACUUCAAGAAGUACUAAAAGAAAUUAAAAUAACCCCGAGCAGAGAUCUAUGGAGGGAACUAGCAGACAUAAUUCUGACUAGAGUUACAGUUUUUAACAAAAGAAGAGGAAACGAACCUUCUUCAAUAUUAUUGUCAAGAUAUACAUCAAGAAAUUCUCGUUCGAACGUUGUCCAUGGUGAUAUUUUGGAAACACUGUCCACCUUGGAAAAGAAACUGAUGAACAGGUAAAUUUUUUAGGGUAGGGGGCGCAAACCUCCAAGUAAGAGGAAUUUAAUAUUUGUCCUGAAGAUAUACUUUUGUUAUUGAAUGUUUCGUUUUUUAAA